AUGCUGGUUUGCGGCUCCAAGUUCCAGCUCAAUGGCCUGCUGUAUGAGAUGUGCGCAAUGCACAUGUUGUAUGCUACUGCUCUCAGUAAUGAAGCCGUAGCGAUCGUCGACUCACUCGGCGCAUAUGAACAGAAUGUGUCGCUCCGUGCAGACGAGUGCAAGAGAUGCAAUGAUCGUCUGAAAAUGGCGACAGAUUUGCUGUGCCGCGCUAGCGGUGUGUGUGACUAUGUUGCUACGCAGCUCCUCCCUUCGGGUACUGCGAGACCAGACAGUGCCUUGCCGAGUCUGCCCCCUGAGUUGAGGCACACCGGCAUCCUUGCAUGCUCCAAGUUGGCUAUGGCAGACGCACAUGCAUUGGCCAUCCGAAAGCUGCUUGCAUCAGCUGUGGGAACCGACCAAAUCACGCCAGGGCCUCCGUUGCCGGCAGGUCAUGCAUCGCCGUCGCUACUCGCGAAGCUUCAUCUUCACACAUCGGCACUGUAUCACCAGGCGCAUACACUCGCCUCGCAUAGUGUAGGUGUUGACGCGUCGUCGCCCAAGGACAAGCUUGUGUCGAAACUCUCGUCACUUCGACCUGAUAGUCACGAUGGCCUCGCUGCCUUGCUCAAAUAUGCGUCGUUUGAGGCACAUGUGCACAAGGUGCUUGCGUACAAGUGGCUUGGCAUCGAUGCGGGCGAGUAUUCGCACAAGCCUGGCUGGGCACUUGCCUACUUAGAUAUGGCCUCGGUCGCCCUCGAUGAGCUCAUGCCGUCAAAGGCACGCGAAGCAUGGCGUAUCGCAUCGAAGAAAAGCCGCAAAGAGACUCGGCUCGUGAUGGAGUACACAAGCGUACGUCGCUGGUUCGUCGCCUACAAGAAAAUGAAUGAUACAGUAUGUACAAACGAGGGUGAGAGGCGGGCAGGGGGAUGGUGUGGGUGUGUGCGUGAGUAG